AUGUGUAAAGAUAUUAUAGAAUUGGAAAGAGCCAUGGAUUUUUACUUAUCAUUUGAGGACAACGCAGAGCUUAUUGCGAUUGAAGAAUCCAUGAACAAGACCAACGAAGAAAUCAAAAAGUUGAGUAUACUUCAGGAUGACUAUGACGAGGAUGAUAGCAAUGAAAACAAGAAUGAAGACGAUAGAAGAAGUGUGUGUGUGGGGAAUAUUACUCAUGGUACUACUUCGUCGAUGCUGGAAGCGUUUUUCAGCAAGUGCGGAAGCAUCAAACGUGUUACCAUUGUCCUGAACAAAAUUACAGGAAAACCUAAAGGGUUUGCGUAUAUUGAAUUUGAACUAUCAUCGUCAGUGGAGAUGGCCCUGAAAAUGAAUGGUUAUAAGCUGAGAUCCAUGACGCUUCAGGUGAUGUCCAAGAUGCCCAACAAACCUAGAUUGAUAACCACCAAUCGUCCAACUCUGGUUUCAGCAAUUUUAGGAAAUAGGCAAAUGUCUCAAGUUGAUUCGAUGAGAAUAUCCGAACAUAUCAAAAGUAUUUGUUCAGGAAGUAACGUUGCUAGAAAAAUUGCUGGAGCAUUGAAGACUAAAUAUUCGGUGAAACGUCUAGGUGUCAAGAACUGUUUGUUUUAA